AUGGCUUGGAGGCAUUUGAUUACAAAGGUUGAAAGCCGUCAAUUAGAAUUCGGAAAGGUCAAAGAUUUAUUGAGUGGAAACCAUUUCUCACCUAAUAAGUUUCAAGGCUUUAAAAGGCAUAGGCUUUUCUUCUCCCAGGGGAGAUCCCAGUCCAGCUAUCUAGAAAAUUUGUCCCAACGACCACGUGAUUCAUCUGAAGCUGCGGCAGUCUCUUAUCUCAAAGAACUUUACCUUCGAAAUGAUCCUGAAGCCGUGAUUAGGGAAUUUGAGAGUCAUCCAUCCCUGCAUACAAAUUCAUCGGCACUUUCUCAAUAUGUUAAAGCAUUAGUAAAAGUUGAUAUGCUGGAUGAAAGUGAAUUACUAGAGACUUUGCAAAGAGGUAUUUCUAAUUCAGCGAGAAAGGAAGAAAAUAUUAUAGGUGGCCUCACUUCUCUGAGAAGUGCAGGAAAACCUACAAAAGAUGGAAUUCUUGGAACUGAAAAAACUCCUAUUCAUAUGGUCGCUGCAUCAUGUGGAAAUUUCAAAGAGCAGCUAUGGCGAACAAUUAGGACUCUUGCAGUGGGAUUCAUCUUGAUUUCUGGUGUCGGAGCUCUUAUUGAGGAUAAAGGAAUUAGUAAAGGACUUGGUAUGAAUGAAGAAGUGCGGCCCGUUUUGGAGACAAAUACUAAACUUAGCGAUGUGAAAGGUGUGGAUGAGGCAAAAGCUGAUCUUGAAGAAAUUGUUCAUUACCUAAGAGAUCCUAAGCGCUUUACUCGUCUUGGUGGCAAACUCCCAAAAGGUGUUUUGCUUGUUGGCCCGCCUGGCACUGGUAAAACAAUGCUGGCAAGAGCUAUUGCUGGAGAGGCUGGGGUUCCUUUCUUCUCAUGCAGUGGAAGUGAAUUUGAAGAGAUGUUUGUUGGUGUUGGUGCACGAAGGGUGCGAGAUCUUUUUGCUGCUGCAAAAAAGCGGUCUCCUUGUAUAAUCUUUAUUGAUGAGAUUGAUGCUAUUGGUGGAAAACGAAACGCAAAAGACCAAAUGUACAUGAAGAUGACUUUAAAUCAAAUGCUUGUUGAGUUAGAUGGAUUCAAACAAAAUGAAGGCAUAAUUGUGCUUGCUGCUACUAACUUACCUCAAUCACUAGAUAAGGCUUUGGUGAGACCUGGGCGAUUUGAUCGCCAUGUUGUUGUUCCCAAUCCAGAUGUAGAAGGACGGCGACAAAUUUUGGAAUCUCACAUGUCCAAGGUUCUGAAGGCGGAUGAUGUUGAUCCGAUGAUCAUUGCUCGGGGUACACCUGGUUUCUCCGGUGCUGACCUUGCAAACUUGGUUAAUGUUGCUGCCCUGAAGGCUGCAAUGGAUGGUGCCAAAGCCAUGAACAUGCAUGAUUUAGAGUUUGCACGAGACAAGAUUAUGAUGGGAAGUGAACGCAAGUCGGCUGUUAUAUCUGAGGAGUCAAGAAAGAUUACUGCUUUCCAUGAGGGUGGCCACGCCUUAGUGGCAAUUCAUACUGAUGGUGCAUUUCCUGUUCACAAGGCAACUAUUGUUCCUCGUGGGACGGCUCUUGGCAUGGUUUCUCAAUUGCCUGACAAGGAUCAGAACACUCAUUCCCGUAAACAGAUGCUUGCCGAGCUUGAUGUAUGCAUGGGAGGUCGGGUUGCUGAAGAGUUAAUUUUUGGAGAAAGUGAAGUUACUUCAGGUGCAUACUCAGAUCUUUCAAAUGCUACUUCUUUGGCCAGGGAAAUGGUUGCUGAAUAUGGUAUGAGUACUGAAGUUGGACCCGUCACUCACAAUUACUACGAUGAUGGGAGAAGUAUGAGCUCAGAAACUAGACUGCUUAUUGAGAAAGAAGUGAAGAACUUGCUUGAGAGAGCUUACAACAAUGCAAAAUUUAUUCUAACCACCCAUGACAAGGAGCUUCAUGCACUUGCAAAUGCUCUUCUGGAGCAUGAGACACUUACAGGAAGUCAGAUAAAGGAAUUACUUGCAAAGGUCAAAUCCCAGCAGCAACAGCCGCAAUCAUGUGUAGUCGAAACUCAGGGAAGUUCACGCUCAAACCCUGCAUCUUCUGCGGCUGCAGUGGCCGCUGCAGCUGCCGCUUCUGCUGCUACAAAGGCUCAAGGAGUUUCCCCAGUAGGAUCUUAGCGCAGAAGACUGGAGACACAUGCUGCUAAUUAAUCACUACCAAUUAGUAUGUGAAAAGAGUAAUUUAUUCAAUGUUUUUGUAGUUCCAAUUCAGUCCAUGGAACUUAACUCGUGUAUUCAAGGUCAAGUUGACUCCGUAUUUUAGUGAGUUGAAAUAUCUUGUAGGAGUUUCCAUUGAUUUGUUUUAAUAACUAUCUUGUUACUAUUAUAUAGGAUUUUCAUUCGUCAAAACUGUAAUCCAUAUAUUAUCUUCAAAUUAUUCCCUUACCUUCUUUA